AUUAAAGGUGAGAAUUUAAAUAUUAAUUCCAAAAUUAAAUAAGAGAUGUCAAUUAUUACAUUUCUAUUGACCUCUCUCAAAUACAACCUUGCGUACCAAUAAUAUAAAUACGCGAGCCGGGCAGUGAAAUAUCGCAGCUCAUACGAACGAAUUUACACUGGUAUAAGUACGAAUGUACCUUUGCUGAGACGAACGUGUGUGGAGAGCCAAGCACCUGUGCAGAGAGCCAAGCGGUUAUACAGAGAGCCAAGCAGCCAGAAGGAGAGGGGAGCCUAGAGAAGUCGACUACUAGAAAGCAGCAUAUCAUGGAAACAAAAAACUCAUCUACACAAACUCUACCUAGGCCAUUCAUUGAACAGCGAGACGUAUGCCUUCAAGCCAAUUUGGCUAGACCAUUUUUCAUAAGAGUAAAAAAGGCAGAACACAAGAUCAUGACCUGCAGACCAAGAACCAUCACACCAAAAAAAAAGAAGGCAACUCGCAGGAAGAACUACAAAGUGAGCCCCGUAGAAACAGAUCCAAAUCCAAAAAUAGAAAUUCCUAUUAUGAAGAAUGUAGGCAUUGAUCCAAUGGAUCCAAGUAAUUUUGCUAAUAUAGUAAAACUCUAUAGAAAUAAACAUCUACAAAAACCAAUACAAAAACCAACAAUUAGAAAGAUUCAAAAAGUUAAAAUCAACCCCGUUUGUCUCCCAUUAAUCUUGGCACAAUACCACAAAGACAAACAAAUAAAGACACAAAACACUAAAAACACAACCAACACCCAAACAAACGACGAAAGCAUUAUAUUAGAUAUAUCAGACACAGAAAAAAUCGAAAUUGAAAACAUGUAUUGUGAUAUAAACAAUAAUAAAUCAUAAUUCAAUAUUUGAUAUAAACGAAUCUUAGUUUUCUUUAAUUUUAACAAUCCGAACUAAAAAACCAAA